CCUUCGUGUUGAGCUGUGUCUUCCCCAAGCAGCCUCUCUAUGGUGAUGUAUCAGUGAGCAGUCUCCACUCUGGAGGGCAGGCUUUCUUCUCCUGUUUGACGGGCUACAAGCUGCAAGGUUCCUCUGUGUUGACCUGCCGCAAUUCUAGAACACCCUACUGGAGUGGGAAGGAACCAAAGUGCCUAGCUGCCUGUGGAGGUUUGGUGAGGAACAUCACAGUUGGUCGGAUUGUCUCUCCUGGUUUUCCGAGCAACUACAGCAACAACCUAACCUGCCACUGGCUGCUGGAGGCCCCUGAGGGCCAGAGGCUCCACAUCCACUUUGAGAAGGUAGCACUGGCUGAGGAUGAUGAUCGGCUCCUGAUCAAGAAUGGCAACAGCAUAAAUGCAGCCGUACUGUAUGAUUCCUAUGAGGUGGAGUAUUUGCCUAAUGAAGGGCUCCUUAGCACAUCUAGGCAGCUCUUCAUUGAGCUUACUACAGAUGCCACAGGAACAUCGACUGGCAUAGCCAUUAGGUAUCAAGCUUUUGCAGCGGGUCACUGCUAUGAACCCUUUGUGAAGUACGGUAACAUGACCAGCACUGACAACACCUGGUCAGUAGGAGCUGUGGUGGAGUUUGCCUGUGACCCGGGGUAUACUCUGGAACAGGGAUCUGUCACCAUUGAGUGCAUGGAUCCUAACAAUCCACAGUGGAAUGAGACUGAGCCUGCUUGCAGAGCUGUGUGCAGUGGUGAGAUCACAGACUCAGCUGGUGUGGUGCUCUCUCCCAACUGGCCUGAAUCCUAUGAUAAAGGCCAAGACUGUAUCUGGGGAAUCCACGUUGAGGAGGACAAGAGGAUCAUGCUAGAUAUUCAAGUGUUAAAUAUCGGGAAGAAUGACCUGUUGACCUUUUAUGAUGGGGAUGACCUUACAGCCAAACUGCUGGGUCAGUAUGGAGGAUCAAAGUCCCGCUUUAAGCUCUACACCUCCACUGCAGAUGUCACCAUCCAGUUUCAGUCUGACCCUGCCACUAACGUCUAUGGCUAUGGAAAUGGUUUUGUGGUCCACUUCUUUGAAGUAGCUCGUAAUGACACUUGCCCUGAGCUCCCUGAGAUCUCUAAUGGCUGGAAGAGUACAUCUCACCCUGAGUUGGUUCAGGGCACCGUAGUGACUUACCAGUGUUACCCUGGUUAUCAGGUGGUAGGCUCCGAACUACUCAUGUGCCAGUGGGACCUCACCUGGAGCGGCGAUCUCCCGAGCUGUGAAAGAGUGGUGUCUUGUACUGACCCUGGAAAGGUGGAGCAUAGCAGACGGGUGCUGUCAGGUACUCAUUUCACCGUAGGUUCAACUAUUCAGUAUAUCUGCAACAAGGGCUUCACUCUGUCUGGAAACAGCCUGCUAACCUGCUUCAGUCGGGGAUCAUCAGGCCCCAGGUGGAGCCAGAAGCUACCUAGAUGCCUGCCUGAGACCUUCGAGCCUUGCAAUCAUCCAGGAACCCCCACUUAUGGGAUGCCCAGCUCUAAUAAGCUCCACUUCCAGGCUGGAGAGACCCUGCAUUAUUCCUGCCAGAAUGGCCAUCAGCUGCUGGGUGAACCUCUUCUCUACUGUGUUCCUGGACACCCAUCCCAGUGGAGUGGGCUGCCACCUGUCUGCAAAGCCCACCCACCAGAGUAUGAUAAGCACAGAGUAGCUGUACCUACUGCAGACCUAAGGAUGGAAGGAGCCCAAGUAGCAUUGGCUGUCUUCAUCUCCAUCACCUUCUUCCUCAUCCUCAUCAUUGGGCUCUACCUUUAUUUUUUAAAGUUCCAGAGGAAGCCACUAAGACUCACUCUGUACUCCAACUUACCAUAUGAAAAUAUCACUGGAGAGUCUACACUUUAUAACUCAGUUUAUGAGACAAUGAACAAUGAGGAAUCCAGAGAAUACGAGGUUUCUAUCUGAAGACUCCAAUGUAUGUGUGUGUUUAAUGGACAGAUAAGACGCCUGCUGGCCUUUUCAACAUCCCCCACACUUAUUCCUUUGGUAACUCGCUUGACACCUCCACCCUGGUUUCUCUACACUGAAUAUGAACGUUUCUUUAUUUACCUGGCAGAGGCCACCACAGCACCCCUGGAAAAGCUGAGCCACCAGAAUAUUUUUCUAGUUCUUCAACAGUUACCGUCCAGCAGCAGUUUGUACAGUUUUUAAUGCUGUGCUCACAUCCUGAGAACUUUCGGUGCAAAGUAACAUCUCAGAAAGCAGAGGGAUCAAUGCAAAGCAAUGCCAUUAAGUGCAUAUAACCACAGGUGUUAGGCUGUGUUUUGUACAUUAUACACAUUGUCGUCUAGCACCAUUAAAGGAACAAUGCUUACGGAUUGUUGGGAUGCGGUACAUUGGUAUAUUAAGAUUUUACACUUUAAUGUUAGAAAAAAGCAACAGUAUAAACAAUUAUCUGAUUAUCCCCAAACUGUUGUUGCUUGAAUCUGUUCUUUGACAAAUAAAAUGUCUUAAAUAAAAGACCUUUGAAGGAAUAUUUGUCUCUCUAAAAGGGUGAUGUUCUCAUGUCUGUAUGUUCAGCACAGUGAUCAAUGCAAUAUAUAAUUUGCUUAGAUUAGCAUAAAAACUGAAAGCAGGGGGAAACAGCUAGAGCUCGAAGAUAAACCAAAACUCCAAAGCUCCAUUUAAAAACAAACUACAUCUGAUAACAAUGACUCAAGCUGGAAAAAAAAUAUUAAAGCCCCUUUUAUAGUUUUAUGGAUUUCUUAAACUUUUCAUUCUCUGAAUUCUUUGAAAAACUGAAGAAAAUAAUUAAACGCUGUUAUAGUUUAUUGAAUUCAAUUCAAUUCAAUUUUAUUUAUAUAGCG